UGGAUCCUGCAGGAUCCAGUGCAGCCAGGGUCUGGUGGGCCAACUGCUCUGUUGUGCAUCUGCUUUAAGCACGAAACCCAGAGCAUUUGGUUUCUAACCUGGGUCAGUUCGGUUAGCCCACCUCCCGCCAUACCGGGCAUGGGUGUGGUCUGGAGCCCUCUGAAACGUGAGAGUAAAGGGAAUAGAUAAUGUCUGGCUUUCCACUCCACCUAACUGCAACAGCUCCAAACCUUGCCUCGCCAUGCCCCCAUUUCUUAGCUGGAAAGACUGAGGCAAUUCAACCCUACUUCAGCGGGUUCCUAGGCAGUCUCAGAAUCGGUCAUUACCUCCUACCCUCUCUAUUUCACAGGGAAUGAGUGGUAGCAAGUUCUAUCCACGCUGGCCCCCAAAAGCAUUUCUCUGCUCUCAGCUUAUGGAAUGGAUGGUAUUGACUUUCGAGGAGAUGGCCUAAGGGAAACAGGGUGGCUAAGGGAAGGGAGGAGAGAGGAAUGGGGUUGGGACAACAGUCUUGAACUGGCGUUGAGGGAGUCCGGGAGUCUGAGAGCAUGCCUCCACUCUCCGCUUCCAGACCUAAUUACUCUAGGCUGUACUGAGGCCAGGUGACAUUCCCUGCCCACUUGCUCUUCUGUCUUAGACUUGGCAGCGGAACAGAAAUAACAAUGUUUCUAUGUGGUAAUAGGCCAGGCUAAAAUCUCUAGGAGUCUUAGAUGCCCCAUUCAGCCAAUGGAAGUCGUUUUGAACUGGUGUUUCGCUGGCCAGGACUCCUGAGAACAGAGACAUGCUGAAACUGCCUGGUGAUUUGGGUAACCAGUUGGAAGCAAAGCUGGAUAAGCCAAAGGUUGUACACUACCUUUGCUCCAAGAAGACGGACAGCUACUUCACACUCUGGCUGAAUCUGGAACUGCUUCUGCCUGUUAUCAUUGACUGCUGGAUUGACAAUAUCAGGCUGGUUUACAACAGAACAUCUCGGGCCACCCAGUUUCCCGAUGGUGUGGACGUGCGUGUCCCUGGCUUUGGGGAAACAUUUUCUAUGGAAUUCCUAGACCCCAGCAAGAGGAAUGUGGGUUCCUAUUUCUACACUAUGGUGGAGAGCCUUGUGGGCUGGGGCUACACACGGGGUGAAGACGUUCGAGGUGCUCCCUAUGAUUGGCGGCGAGCCCCAAAUGAAAACGGGCCCUACUUCUUGGCCCUGCGAGAGAUGAUCGAGGAGAUGUACCAGAUGUAUGGGGGCCCCGUGGUGCUGGUCGCCCACAGCAUGGGCAACGUGUACAUGCUCUACUUUCUGCAGCGGCAGCCACAAGUCUGGAAGGACAAAUAUAUCCAUGCCUUCGUCUCACUGGGGGCGCCCUGGGGGGGCGUGGCCAAGACGCUGCGUGUCCUGGCCUCAGGAGACAACAAUCGCAUUCCCGUCAUUGGGCCACUGAAGAUCCGGGAACAGCAGCGAUCUGCCGUCUCUACCAGCUGGCUACUGCCAUACAACCACACUUGGUCACAUGAAAAGGUAUUUGUAUACACACCCACGACUAACUACACGCUCCGGGACUAUCACCGGUUCUUCCGGGACAUCGGUUUCGAAGAUGGCUGGUUCAUGCGGCAGGACACAGAAGGGCUGGUUGAAGCCAUGACGCCACCCGGGGUGGAGCUGCACUGCUUGUAUGGCACUGGUGUUCCCACGCCAAACUCUUUCUACUACGAGAGCUUUCCUGAUCGGGACCCCAAAAUCUGCUUCGGCGAUGGUGACGGCACGGUGAACCUGGAGAGCGUCCUGCAGUGCCAAGCCUGGCAGAGCCGCCAAGAGCACAGAGUAUCAUUGCAGGAGCUGCCGGGAAGCGAGCACAUUGAGAUGCUAGCCAAUGCCACCACCUUGGCUUAUCUGAAACGUGUGCUUCUGGAACCUUGAUGUCCUCCGCCAGGCAGGGCUGCUGGAUGGCUGGACCACGGAGCUUUUCUUGGCCUCUGACUCUUUCACGGUCUACAAGCUUGGCAGAGUUUGUGACCAUCAUUCAAGUCCCAGGAGGCAUCUGCCUCGGAGGAAUGCUAUUUCUCAACCUUUCUUCUGUAGAAUGGCCAUGAAGAAGGAAGAAGUGAGUGUGGACAUUUGAAGGAGACUGCUGCUGCUGCUGCUGCUGAAUUGUGACCUCACGCUGGCUCUGGAGGCUGGCUUGUUUGGCCCCUCACCCCAGUCCCUAACUUGGACCGUGCAAUCCUCUUAGCUCUCUGGUCUUUCUACUCUAGCUCACUGGGCCCUAACCUUCCCUUUUGAGGGAUGUUAGUUACUGAGCUGAUGUCCUGCCAUGAAAGAUUCCACAGAGAUCCCCGGGUGACCUUCCCACGCACUGGCCUCAGGUUGCCCACUACACUGGCCACAGGUGGCUAGAGCUGCUGGCUUCCCUGUGACCUCGCUGGUGGACAUUCUGAGUGUGGGGUCUCCUGGAGGCAGUCGGGUAAGCCCCUGCAGGCAGGCCAGUUGCUCGUAUUGUCUCCGUGAUCCCUCCAGGCUGGGUUCUUUACAGUCUGCUCCUACCUCUCAUUUAGCAGCAUCCUAGUUCUGGACUGGACAGCAGAGGACCUCUCAAUUCUUGGGGGCCAUGUCCUAAGAUUCCUGAUGUCCCAGCUUGUGACGGAGGUCCCGGUACUGAAGCUGGCUCUGUUGGUUCUGGGACCUGUAGUUUAAGGGGAGGGGAUGGGGCUUCUUUGAAGGUUCCUAGAAAGAAAGUGAGCUCAAGGGAACAGCCACGGUUGCUUAGAGCUUCCCAUGAGUCACCUUCUUGAGAACUCUACCAUCAUGGUGCACCCCGCUGUGGGGUAUUUCUACUAUCCACUUGGGCUGGCACAGGGUUGAGAGGUGGUAGAGUUCCUGCCCAACACUACCACCAGGCAGCUGAAUGGGUUUUGGUUUGCAGGAAAACAGUCCAGAGCUUUGAAAAGGCUCCUAAGAGAGCUAGGAACUUAGAGUCCCAGCUUGGGGGUGGGGGGGGAUUGUUUGUUUGCCCCAGGGAUGCCACAUGGUCUCUGUGUGACAGCAGGGAUGGGGAAUCUGGGACUGCCUUAGGGACAGUGUACCUGACUAUGGGCUUGGGUACAGCUUUUAAGUUGGGGUCUCAAAACCACUUAGAAGCUGGACCACACUGCCUUCCCAUAUCGUUUCUGAUGCUGGACUUCCCUUGUUAAGCACAUUCCUAUCAUCUGUCCCUCACCUGAGUGUUGGGACCCCCCCACUUGGGGCCCUGAGCAAACUGUACCUCGAUUUUGGCAAUAAAAGUAUUCUGGAUGUUGUAA